AUGUUUUCGAGGAUCAAAGAAGUAGUUUCUGACAGAAGAAGAACACCAUCGAGCUCCUCGAACUCAUCAUUCACUCUUUCACAACCAUCCAUUCCCUCUUCUUCGAAUCAUCAUCAUCAUCAAUUGUACUCGGAUUCGAUUCACCCUCCUCCUCAUCACCAUGAUCCUACAACUACUCACUUGAACACCACCACCACCACUCUGAAUACCACUACCACCACCACCACCAACACCACUCUGAAUACCAUCACCACACUCGAUCCCUCUUCUGUCACCACCACCACAAAUACCACAAAUACCACAAAUACCACCACUUCUGCUGCUAAUGUUGAUGUUGUUGUUGACUAUUAUUAUGACAUUAGUGAUGUCAUUAAAAACACUGAACUUGCCAUGAAUGAAUCAUCUUUGAAUCAUGCUCCUUCUUCUAGAUUUCAUAUUCAAUAUUUAAAAUUUAAAAGAAAAUUAACUUGUAUGUCCAUAUGGUCCAAAAUAUUCCUUUCAUUGGUGAUUGUGUUAGUGACCACUAUAUUUAUUGCAGGUCUGACAAGUAUGAUCUUUAAUGCUGCAGUGUUGAAAAAUUCAACAGCUGUUUAUUUUCUAAGUGCCAUGUUUUUAUUUAGUGGAAUAACUUUGAUCUAUUUUGCAUGUGUGGCAAUAUUUGCUGAAAAUGAAUAUUUAUUAUUUGCAUUUCUAGUUCAAAGUAUUUGGGGUGGAUUAAUGGCUGCAUUUAUGGUGUAUCAGAGUGUGUCUGUGACCAUUGUGGAAAGUAGUAGUAGUAAUACUAAUAGUGGUAAUAGUGAUCAUGUGACAACCAAAGUGGUGGUCAUUCUAUUAAUAAUUAUUCCAAGUUGUUUAUAUUAUUUGGCAUUUCUAUUGUUUUUAAUGAUAUUGAUACCAGUGUAUCGAUCCUUUGGAUGGAAGAUUUUCAGACGUGUGGGUUCUUCUCCUCAUCUCGUUCGAUACUAUCGAUUUUAUUGUAUUUAUAAGGCCAUUCUUCAAGUCGAUGUUGGAUUUUUAACAGCAUUACUUAUUAUGGCAGUUUUUUGGCUCAAAUUUGAUUGGAUACCUUGGUCUCAAAUUGGACUCGCUUCUUCCUAUUUAUUUUCAUUGAUUUGUGUUCCAUUGACGUUCCUUGCUAUUAAGAAAGAAUGGUAUCUCUUACAAAUUCCAAUCUUAUUAUUUGAUUUAGUAUUACCUGGAUAUUUAGUUUACAAAAUUAUUGAAGCAUGGAUUGAAAAGGAAACUAGAAUUACAAAAGAUACUGUUUUAGAUCAAACUGCUAUUGUAGUUAUUAUGACACUUAUAUCAAUAUUUGUUUUAUUGGUUCGAUUUGUCAUGAUUGCAUUUGGUGUGAUUUGUACUGUGAAUUUUAGAAAGGGUUUGAAAAGAAUAUUCGAACAAGAUUUCAUCCAUUACAAGAGAAGAUUUUAUACCUUAUUUGGAAUGAAGAAUCGAUUGAAUCGUUUAAAUGCUGAACUGCAACAAAGUCUCAUCGAUUCUCAAAAGAAAGAGGAAGAAGAGAGAUGGCAUCAUCAACGACAUCGCCAACAUCAACAACACGAAUCACUCAACCAUGGUGGUGGUGGUCGUCUCCUCCUCCUCACAGAUUCAGAAACAACCUCUCCAACAACAACAACAACUCGGGAUCAUGUGGAGAAGAGGAAGAAGAAAAAGAAGAAAAAGGUUAAAACAACUCGUGAAAGUAGUGGUGGUGGUGGUGGAAUUGGUGAUAGUAGUAGUGCCUAUUCCCAACUUUAA